GUUAACUUCCGGUUAAGAACCGAUUACACACUUGCUUCUAGUUAACGGUUUAUUUUGUCGUUAUUAUUUGUAAUAAGAAAGAUGGUCGUCGUUUACUGUAAACAAUAAAAUGCAACUAUUACGUUUACAUAUUAUAAGGCGUAUAAAUCGCUUCGAUUUCACGCUUUAUUGAAAUUUACGCGGGUCUGUCCGCAAACUUGGCUUUGUUUCUACUUUUCACAAGGCAGACAGAUUUACAAGGCAGUGAAACAGGAUGGAAGAACCUGGAUCUUUGCCACCAUCUGGUUCAUCAACCCCAGUGACACCCCAGCCCUCUGCUGCACCAUCACCUGUUCAAACACCAACCCAAACUCCAUCGUCAUCAGCAACCAACACACCUAGUCCAGCUGUGAAGUCAGGAAGAAGGAUGCCUAUCCUGGACCCAAGGAAUCUGAUUCCAAUUCGGAGGAGCUCAACCAGAUCAAUCAAAAGGAAAAAGUUUGAUGACGAGGUUGUCGAGAGUAGUCUGGUCAAAUCAGAUCGUGGGCGAAUCAAGAUAACCCCACCCCAGCCUGAAAAGCAAGAACCAGUUGUGCCAGAAGAGAAGGCACCACCUGCUCCACAACCCGAGAAGAAAAAGGAGCCACCAAAAAGACCUGUUGGAACUAAGACUAUGCCAACAAAGUCCUCCUCCUCUAAACGAAACAAAAAACAAAAGACACAAGCCCCAGCUUCUACCAAAGACCUGGGACGAUGGAAGGCUCAGGAUGACCUGGCCUUGAUAACUGCAGUUCAACAGACCAAUGACCUGACCGGUGUGUACCAGGGAGUGAAGUUCUCGUGUAGAUUCACCCUGAAGGAAAUCCAGGAGAGGUGGUAUGCCCUGCUGUAUGACCCAGUCAUUUCAAAACUUGCUAUUCAAGCCAUGAAGAUGUUACACCCCGAUGUGGCAGGGGCAGUCCAGGCUCAAGCCCUCUACAGCACUGAGGAGGAGAAACUGCUGGGAAAAAUACCAUCGAACACUCAGCCCCAGCCUACGCUGGAGGUGUUUGAGGACCUGCUGGACAAAACCCCAGACAUCUUCCAUCCUGCAAGAACUGCAAAAUCCCUGCAUAGCCAUUGGCUGCUAAUGAAGCAGUACCACCUCCUUCCUGACCAAUCAGUUCAGCCCAUGCCACGAGGGGACCAUGUCCUCAACCUGUCGGAUGCAGAGGACAUGCUGAAUGAUGAUGACUUGAAGGAUGGUAGAGAUGAAAUACUCGAGCAUGAACUGGCAAUAGCUGACAAACGGAAUAAGCGUGAGAUUCGUCACCUUGAGCAAGAACUGCCAAAAUGGCAGGUGCAAGUUGACAGCAUCACAGGCAUCAACCCCCAGGACUUUGAUAACCAGACACUGGCAGUGCUGAAGGGGAGGCUGGUACGCUAUCUCAUGAGGUCAAGAGAGAUCACACUUGGCCGAGCCACAAAAGACAACCAGAUUGAUGUGGACUUGUCAUUGGAAGGUCCUGCAGCCAAAAUAUCUCGUCGACAGGGAGUCAUUAAACUACGAAACAAUGGAGAUUUCUUCAUUGCUAAUGAAGGAAAAAGGCCUAUCUACAUUGAUGGCAAACCAGUGUUAGCUGGGAACAAACAGAAACUGUUCAAUAAUUCUGUGUUAGAGAUCUCAUGUUUGCGUUUUACAUUUUUGAUGAACCAGGAUCUGAUUAAUGUCAUACGAGCAGAAGCUCAGAAGAUCACGCCACCAACAACAUGACCACGUUCAACAUCAGCUUCAUCCUCUUCACAUUCAUCAUCAUCUACAACAUCUAUACACGAUGUGCAGCUCUUCCCUACCUGGAAUCACCUUUACAAUAGUGUGGUUAUUGGAAGCAUCAGAAUACAUAUAUCCCUGAAGUACUAUUGCAGUGCAUUUGAGAUUGAAAGCUGUCAUGAAGUGGCCGCAGCAAUCUUUUCUGCAUAGGAAAGUGAGGAGAUUCUUGAGACAGCUGUUUUCACAGUGGUGGUGCUGUGAUCUCAGUGAGCUCAACUGAGUUUCUUAUCAGUUUUCUUAUCUGGAUUAAAUACCAAAUUUGCCAUGAUUGUGUUCGUUGGUGUACUUGCACCAGAUCUGCAAUCUUAAACCCUUCUUUCAAAAUGUGUUCAUGAAUGUAUGUAAAUGGUGUGUAACAUGCCUAGAUUUAAGAAGAGAGAGCAUUGAGAGAGUAAACAUCCUCUCUACACCCAGGUGCCCUGAUGGAGGAAUUAUACUGACUGACUGAGUUUGGUUUUACGCCGCUUUUAGCAAUAUUCCAGCGACAUCACGGCGGGAAAAACCAGAAAUGGGCUUCACACAUUGUACCCAUGUGGGGAUUUGAACCCGGGUCUUCGGCGUGACGAGCCAACACAUUAGGCUACCCCACCGCCCCGGAGGAAUUAUAAGUGCACAUGGUGUUUUGGUGCUAGAUAAGGAAAAGCUGACACACUGCCUUUGUUGACACACUUGUUAUCUGUUAUUGUUGAGAGUAUUGUAUCUGGUGUAUGGAAGGGCAUUUCAUGCAACUGACAUGGUUUAGACUACAGGGUGUCAUGAAUGAAAGCUGCCCUCUAAGGCAGACUGACUCAUGCAUGUUGUGAGCAUUAAAAUUGAUCUUGGGAGGAAUGUUUCUUUAAUUUGUUGUAUAAAUGUCAUUUUGUGGUAAUGGGAAAUUUGAAACUAUGUUACCAUAUUUCCUGAGGUUUUACAUCUGUGACUUCCCUGAUGGAAUAAUGACCUGAGUGAAUUGUGACACUAUUUUCUUAACAGUUAAGUGGAUAGAACACUCCCAUAUGUGUUAUUGAGUAAACUCUGUGCUUUGUCAACAUCAGUUCAUCUAAACUGUUCAUGCCUCCUUCACAUUUCAGAUGCUCACAGAAGUAUUAUAUAGGCAAAAAGUGAAAAAUGUUUAAUGCAUUGUCUUGCUUUUUAUAUCUUUUUUGGUCCAUUUUGCAAAGGUCACAGUUCCUUGUUUACUGACAGUUCUCUAGGAAACAGUCUGCUGGGAUGACUCAGGUUUUGUCAGUACACCACUAUGAAAUCAUGUAAUGGCCUAAACAAAGUUUUCACUACUACACAAUUCCUUCUUUGUGAGCAUUAGAACUUAUUAAUCAGCCCUUGUACAUCCCUUAAAUCUUCAUUGUUACUGUUAGAAUGGCGUCAUCCUUGAAGCUAUUUUAAGAACGAUGAUAAGAUCAAGUAAACAUCAAAUUAGAGUUAUUAAAAAGGUUACCAUGAAUGUUUUCAUGACUGAAAGUCUUGGCUUGCCUCUCAUGUAGUUAAUGCUAAAUAGCCAGAUUUGGUCCCCCAUUUAGGUACAGUGAGAGAAACUGUAAGUUAUGUUCUCUGUUGACUAAACAUUGUACACAGUAGCAUAAAACAUUGUUCAAACAGCAUCAGGAAACUUGCCCUGGUUCGUCUCAGUGUUUGCUGUGUGGUCACAUUUAUGUGAAGAUAAAUGAAACUGGUGUAAUACUAUAACUGUGCUGACACCGACCUCAACAUGCCGAGUGGAAGACUGUGGAAUGUGUGUGGAAGAAAUACUGCCUUAUUGAGAAAUAUUGGGAUAUCAUUUUGUAAUAAACAUCUUUAUGAUAAA